CUUAAGAUGGCUCUUGUCCUCUCCUAGUUCAAUUAAUUGACCCGUUGGCCAACUGGCUCAUUUGUUAUUUUGCAUGCGUCUGCCGGGGGCGGAUUUUUUAGACCGGCGAUAUGCGACAGGUGCAAAUUUUUGACUAACUGCGUGGGUCCCGCUGGAGUGUCUAAGUUUGGGUCAGCCUUCGAACUAAAAGUAGUAGUAGUUGGCUCCAGCUCCAGAAGGAAACAACAUGCAGGAGGAAAUCCUGGAGGAUUUUGUCGCGCCGUACUUAUUAAAGGAAAAUGCUACUUCGGCGUGCGUCGAGUGGGUGCAGGCCAAAGAGCACCUGCAGGUUUCAACCUUCAGCGAGGUCGCCUUUGGGGUGGCCGCCUUCCUUGUGACCCUUCCGUUUGUGCUCUUCCGAUUUUCCUUCAUGCCCCUCGGUGCUCCAGCAGCCGUUCUGGUCGGCGCCCUGCUGAUGGUCCUCAGUGGCGUGCUGAGUCAGGACGAGGCCUACGCCAUUCUCGGAGAACGGUCACAUUUGCAGACGAUUUGUCUCCUAAUGGGCACAAUGCUGCUCGGCCACUUCUUUCGACGGGAGCGCCUGCUCUUCCUUGACACCCUUUUCCCCUGCGGUUUGUCCACCCUGGGUCUGCUGUCCCGCGUCGCAGCCUUGACCUCCGUGGUGGCUGCCCUCUUCACCAACGACGCCGCCUGCGUCAUGCUGACCCCAGCCCUGCUCCGCCACUGGAUUCAAAUGCGGCGGCCGCACUCGGAGCUCAAGGUGCUCCUGCUGGCCAUCGCCACCUCCUCCAACAUUGGAUCGGUGGCCACAGUCUUUGGAAACCCUCAAAUGGCUCUAAUUGCGGCAAAAACCGACUCGCCCUUGUAUGAGGAAAGUCGACUCGAUUUGCGCACCUGCCUCCUCCACCUUGGCCCACCGGCGUUAGUUUGCAGCUUUUUCAAUGUACUGGGCCUUUGGUUGUAUCAUGCUAUUUUCCUGAAGAACAGAAAUGAAUCCUUUGACACGGACGCCAUUGAGGACGAGGAGAAAAAUGGACCUGAGGUCAAACUGAAGUCUUGUGUGGCUUUCAGAGUGGCUGUGGUCAUCGUUCUAAUAUCGGUUGUCACACUUCUAGUCGUCUCUUCGCCCAGUCACAAAUUUGACUUAGGCCUGGUGCCUGUGGCUGGAGGGGCGAUUCUUGUCUUCUUGGACGCUCUGCUGAAUCGUAACGAGGGCAGUGCCACGCUUUCCAAUGUAGACUUGAACAUCCUUCUCAUGUUUUUUGGUUUCUUUGUCUGGCUGAAGGGUUUCAACAAGACCAACCUGCCUAACUAUGUGUGGCAAAAACUGGGUCUGGCCAGCGAUUCCCUGGAUUCGAUCAAAUCCCUCAGCCUGCUCUACGCCUUCAUCCUGAUUGGAUCCAACGUCUUCAGCAACGUCCCUUUGACCAUCCUGGUGCUCGACCAACUGCCACCUUGCGUUCCUAAUUUGCCCCUGGUCCUCUAUCUUGGCUGGGUCGCCACCAUAGCAGGCAAUCUGACCCUGUUCGGAAGCGUUGCAAAUCUGAUUGUGGUCGAAAAGGCGUACGAAACUUUGCGCAUCAAAUUCACUUUCUUCGACUACCUCAAAUACGGAUUUUUCUCUACCCUAAUUCUUUCCAUUGCUGGAAUGUGUGCCAUUUACCUGUUUCUCUUACUUUGAGAUUUGCUGAGUUGCAAUUAAAAUUCGAUCAGUGUU